GGCGCGCUGCCGUCGGCGGCCUUCACGGCGCACCUGCGGCGGCUGGCGGCGCACUGCCGGCCGCUGCGGCUCGUGACGGCGGUGUUUGGCGCGCUGGCCGGUCCGGGGGAGGCUGGGGAGGCCGCGGAGGUGGAGGAUGUGGCCGGGGAGGAGCUGGCCGGUGAGGCGCUGUACACGGUCUACUACCUACUGCAACAGCUGACAGCGACCUCCGGCACCAGCCGCCCGGCGGUGUCUGCAGAGCUUGCGCGGCGGGCCUGUGACGCCGCCCGCCUGAUGACCGUCUGCCCGCUGCCCCCGCGCGUCCCACUGUCCGUGGCUGUGCGCGCCUGCAGCUGCGCCCACACGCUGCUAGUCGAGGUGGCCCGCUCCUCGCCGGCGCCGGCCGCCCUGGCGACGGCGGCGCUGAACCUGCUGAGAGCAGUGACCCCGCUGGGAGAGCGACUCAGUGAAGAGGAGCGCGCCCGCUGGUCGGCCGUGCUCGUGACGUUCUCGGGUAAUCUGGGCGUGGUGAAUAUGCGUGCCGGUCACGACGACGAGGGUAUGGAGGCGCUGAGCACCUUCCUUGAGUGCGCCGCGGCCGCCGCCGACCCCAGCGAAGUCAAGUCGUCGAGCGUGGCGAGCAAGACCCAGCUGCUGGUGGACGCCCAGCGCGGCCGGCAGCAGUUCGAGGCGGCGCUGCGCUGCCUGGCGCGCGCCGUGCCGCUGGCCUCCGACCACCUGCCGCAGCUGCUGACCGCCUGGGCCAAGGUCAAACGGGACGCCGCCAGCCGACAGCAGACAGACUGCAUGAAGGUGACGCUUCCCCAGCUGAUGGCCGAUGUGGGCUCUGACCGGCCUCGGCCCGGCGCCGGCGACUCUGCUCCGAGCACUGCCCGCCUGCUGCACCUGGAGGUCAAACACUACCUCAGCGUCAGCGGUGACCUGAGUGAGGCGGUGCGCGCGGCGCUGGUCCACUACGGUCAGCUGCAGCUCAGCCCGGCGCAGCGCGCCUGGAUGCUGGUCACACGGGCUCAGGUCGGGCUGUGCGGCGCCGAGCAGGCGGCCGACGAGUGCGCAGAGGCGGUCGCCAUGCUCGCGGAAAAGAUCGGUCAGUCGAAGAAGUCUUCUCUGAGGCUGAACCUCUGCAUGGCCAACUACUAUCUGUGUAUCAACCGGAAGAAAGUCGAGAUCCAGGCGGCGAAGCUGUCGCCGCUAACACAGGUCAGCCAGCGGCCGUCCGCGCCUGACGACGAGGUCGACCUGGACGCGUCGUGUACCGUGGUGCCUGACUAUCUGUCCAUCAACCUGGACCGGGAGGCGGCCACCCUGCAGCCCCUGCAGGCCGUCCUCGGACUGGCCGAGAGCCUCUUCGAGACGAAGGGGCCCGAGUCUGAGCUGCACCCGCCCACGGACCUGCUGACGGCGGUGACCGGUGCCGCUCAGAUCUACACGGGACUGGGCUAUCAGCUGCAGGCCGCCAGGGCGUGGAGGGCCGUCUACAGGGCCGGACAGCAGCUGAAAGACACCAACGCCUGCAUCACAGCCGCUUCUGAGCUGCUCCAGUCGAACCUGUGGCCGGAGGAGGAGGACCUGACUCCGGUGGAGGUGGCCGUCAGCGCCUCCUCCGACCGACUGGUCGUCCUCCGCUGGACGCUGGCCAAGGCCUGGGGGCACUACCACCUGCAGCAGGUGUCGUCGGCGCUGCCGCUGCUGGACUCUGUGCUGGAGGACCCGGCACUGCUCACCCGCAGUAUCCCCUAUUUCCGGGUGGCCGCCGAGGCGUACCGGCUGGCCUCUCUGUGCGCCUGCGUACCGUCCAGCCGCGGCACCAACACACUGGAGAUGGCCGGCGUGGCGGCCUUCCACGGCGCCUGCGUCAGCGCCUGGCUGGCGGCCGACAAACCCACCUGUCUGGCGGAGCACCUGUACGCGCUGGGCCUGGUGUUUGACGCCGUCCGUCACGUGGGCGCCGUCCUCACGUGGAUGCACUGCCCGCGCGAGGUGCGCAGCUACGUCCGAGACCAGAUGGAGGCCGCGUACAGAGUGGCCGCAGCGCUCAGGACGGCCGAGUUUCUGUCGCAGCUGAUCGAGGCAGACCUUCUCUGUGAGGACGGCGAGGACACCCAGAUCAAGCUGAACUCACUGCGGCACAUCGUGCUGGACGCUCCGUCCGCGCGGCGUCAGAAGCAGCCGGUCCUGCUGGCCGCCGACACGCCGCCGGCGCCGCCCACGGUGGCGUCCUCGCGGGGCCGGCGGCGCCGCAGUCCAGCGCCACCCGCCGCGCCGGCCGCGCCCGAGCCGCCGCCGCCGCCGCCGCCCGAGAGCGGCCGCGACCUGGCCGUGUCGGUCGGCUCGGUAGGCUCGCCGCUGGGCCGGGACGCGCGCUGGCUGCAGCGCGAGCCGCGCUGCACGUCGCCGCGGCUGCGGCGCGCGCGCUUCAGUGCGCCGGCGCCGCUGAACCACCCGGCCGGCUGCGGGUGCGCGGCGUGCGCCUGUCCGCGCCGCCUGCUGCUGCUCUUCUCGCUCAGCCUGCAGACGGCGCGCGCCGCCGUGGUGCAGGAUGACGUCGACCAGGCGCUGGAGUUUUGCGCAGGGGCCGACGAGUGCUACCCGCUGCUCGAGGAAAAGAUGCGCCGAGCGGCCGUCUCGUGCCUGGGCCAGCUGCGGCCGCGGCAGCUGGACGGCCUCCUGGAGCCGGGCCGGGUGCUGCGCUGCCGCGGACGUCUAGCGCACGCCGCCAUCUGCCUGUGGUUCUCCCGGGCGCGACUGGCGCAGCACGUCAACCGCAAGGCGCUGGGCGUGCUCCAGCAGAGCUCCAGCAGGACCCAGCUGGUAUCGCGGCACAUGUACUUGCUGACAGAAAUUUGGAACCAGAAGCUUCUGAUCGAUAAAGUUUUGAGCGAAGAAGAGGAUGAUGAGUUGGCGACGAUUAGUAGAGGUAUGGACCAGCUGACGACCACCGACAGUCCGGCGGACGAGGAGGUCUCCCCGGGCCGGCGGACUCCCACGCCGGCCGCGCCGCCGGAGCCGCCCGCCGAGCCGCCGCGCCGGCCGGUCAAGCGGGCGGGCCGGGUCCGCACGGUGCCCGCGCCCGUGCCGCCCCCGCCCACACCACCGAGCCCGCGGCUGGUGCGCAGCACGCGCCGCCGGGCGGCCGCCGUGCGCUCCGAGAUCCAGGAGUGUCCGCCGCCGCCGCCAGCGCUGGACGACACGGCUGCGACCCCGGCCAAGGAGCCGGCGCCGCGCGCUACCCGCGCCCGCCGCCGGCCCCGCUGAGCGGCGGGGGGAGACAGGGGACAGCAGACACUGGACAGUGCCGGGAGCGGGCGGCGCUCCGUCACUGCAGAGGUCGGGAGGCUCGGAGACCGAGGUCCGACACUGCGCCCGUGGCUCCGACAGGCUGCGGUCGCCGGUCGGUAGCCGCCGAUUGUGAGGCACUAUAGAGUGGCAAGGCGUCAGGAUCGUACGUCCUAGGAUUGUUCAGUAGCUAGAUCAAAUGUCGUGUCAAGCCAUAUCAGCGGGUACCUGGGUUGAUAUCGAUUCAUAGUUUGUGAUUCGCUGUGCUCUGUACUGCGAUUGAUGAUGUAAUCAUUACGUAAAGCCGAUCAAUAGAUUUUCAAUGUGAGGUCCAACCAGUACAGCGACACUUAUCAAACGUCCUUUCACGCGUUUGGCUUCCUGACGGCCGGUGAACUAGUGCCUUAUCAUCAGCUGUGACCUAGGAUGGUAGGCAUGCUCAUUUACACUAAUGCACACUUUCCAUCUUCCUGUGCCCGUCUAAUCACCAACACAGUGUGAGGUUACCGUAGCAGUACAAAUGAAAUGUGUUCAUUGGUCAUGCCCUGCCGUCCUAUGGCCUGCGUCGUAUGCCCGCAUAGCGAAGGUUGUCAUGUUUUACGUCAGAUGUGCCCGAAAUACACUCAUUAAAACAA